AGCUUCUGUUUCUUUGACAGUUUUCCAGAACUCUUUUCUUUUUUCCCUAUCCAAAGCCUUCCCCCUUUCUGCUGUGGCAGGAGCAGUAGAACCUCGCAAGACAAGUUGCGCCGAAAGAGAGAGUUCCCGUUCGCGAGACAAGGCACAGCGACUUGCACGAGCGCUAACCGUGUGUCUUUUCCAGUGCUGUCUUCUUUAUUCGCCUUUCCCUGAACGUUUUCCUUCUUUGAAAUUCCAACUGAUAGGUGUACGCAAGAGAAGCUCGGGACUGCGCGCCCUGGCGAGUUGAGAGCGUUUCGACUGCAUGGCCACCCCCUUUCCUCUCGCUUUUUGUUUUCUUUCUCUGCCUGCCUCCACCGCGACAGUCUCGUCUGUGUUUCUCUCUCGUGAAUCGAAGUGCAAGAAGAGGUCGUUUCUGGCGAAUCUGCGUUACCUUUCGAGCGACCUUUCACUUCACUCCUCGUGAACAAGAAAUUCUGAACUCUGUGCACGUCCAUUUGAGAACAGGGAGCUCUUAGCCGCCAACAAAAAUUCUCUCUCCAUUUCUACACUUUUUUCUCGGUCCCCAUAUCGCACCGGAACUCGAAUUCGAUUCGGUCGCUUCUGCUGUUGCUUUCUCUGCAGUUUUCCGAGAACAAAGACGUUCCUCGUCAGACGCAAUUCUGUUCCCCUGCUGCAGACUCGCUAGGAGUGGGGGGGCUCCCGUUUCCUCCGGAUCUUCUUCCUCGCUUUUUCAGCUGCAUGCAGCCUUGCCUUGAAGAGCUGUGAACUCGACUGUAUCCGUUUUCUUCACAACUUCCCUCCACGAACAUGAACGGAGCCUUUGUCUGGCUUCCCAAUGAGACAGCGUGAGCGACAGACGAGCGCCUCCGUUGAAACAGGUUCUCUUCGUUUUCCCAGGGCCAAUCGCGUUGCGCAAGAAUAACGAGAGCGCGAAACGAAACGAAAAUGGAUCCGUACCUCGCUUCCUCGUACGCGCCGCCUCGCGGAACAGAGACUUAUUCGACUUCCCGGCGAGGAGGCGACUUCCCCGCAGACGCGUUUCUCGGCUCGCAGGUCCUGCGCUUCGUGCAGGCGGCAGCCCACGGCGCGCCUGUGGGCGCGGAGACACCUUUUGGAGCCCAAGAGGCCGGUGCGCAGUUCACCUGCGCGGCGCUCGAGGGGACAAUGCGGAUCGGCUCGCAGGUUGGGAGCGCGCUGCUGCAGGAAGGAGGGAAGCUGCUGGAGAGAACGAACCUCGUGAAGGAAGGUCCGAAACCUCUGAGGGCGCUCUGCUUCGUCGGUGGAUUGGUUCUGAUUGCCGUCACAGUUCUUCAGAUAAUGAACAUCUUUUCCGUGGUCGGCAACCCUGCCUCGUACAUUCUUCAACUUUUCCUCAUGAUGUUCGGUGUGGCUAUCUGCGUCAUCGAAGCGAAAGACUUUGAGCAGUUGGAGCGUCUUCAACCGCUGUUCACGACUUGGUUCAAGUUCCUUACGGUGCCGCUCGGCAAAGGCCUUUUCUACAUUCUCGUUGGUGCCAUCUGCGUUUCUUUGUGGUCUUCAAAUUUUCUGCUCCUCUUCGUCGGUGGCUACAUGGUUCUCAUGGGCAUCAUGUGCGUGAUGGUCCACUUCGGCAUGCGCCAUCAGCUGCAGCGCAAUGGCAUCGACGUUUCAGACGAUGAGGAAGACACACAGAGAGUUCGAUUGGGGGAGCAGCUCGGAGUGAACCGAAUCCAACAAGCCAUGUACGACCCUGCUCCAUACUGAGCUCUCUGCGGAAAGGGGGAAAACGAGACCGGCCUGCGGGGAAGACGCCUUUUCACUGUGUUUUUCUUUCCAAGUUUUUCUCUUCUGGAAUGAGUAACGCUCUGCUAGGCGCUCUCCUCCUACUGACAAACGCGCGAAAAACGUUUUCUCAAAGAACGAUCACCUCUGGUGGCGACCCAUGGGGUACGAACAGCAAUGUGUGCGACGUUUCCCUCCGUUUUCGCCACAAUCUCAUAGUUUGGUGUGCAGUGUACACCGUCGUUCUCACUGUCUUUUUUCUCGUCUCCCCAACUUUUUUCUGUGGUCAAUUUACCAAUUUGCUUUUGCGCAUGCGCAUCCAUGUUGUGUGGGAACACAUUCAUCACAUAUGGGUGCUCGUGAGGACCGCUCGAGUUCCACAACUGACAGGAUGCAGCUGAGGACCGUGAAACUAAAACAGAUCGUUUUAGGGGCGCCGGACAGGGUGGACCUCCGAAACGUGAGGCCUCUUGGUGCCUGCUUGGCGCGAUGUAGGACGCUCUGCAUCUCGGAACAGUGAAGGCUACGCACGCAUGUGAAAAGCUUUUCGCACCCGAGCUAUGGAGGCAGUCUUUGGCCUGUCGCUCUGUCAAGCGACAACAGCUUCAGCUGAGCAGCUGCGCUGUCACGACAGAGAUUCACAAUGCACAGUACGUCUAUGGUCGCAGUGUGUCGCCUACAGUGCUGUGGCAAGGGUCUCGUACGUAGCGUUUCACCUCCGUGGUUUGAGAGAAUCCUUUCGACGCAAAGUGCCGUGAUAUGGUGGGGAGUGAGGUCCGACAACAGAAGGCAGAAAGCCAGAUGAGAAACCGGGGUGAAAAUGACGGUAAUAACAACAGCCAGCACUGCCACUUAUCACUGUGUUGAUAUCAAGAGGCUGCAUGCACGGACCGGUGUGUGACUAUUGUACUGACGCCGAUGGGCAACAAAUGAUGCCAUCCACGUUUAUGGUAAAGAAAAUGUGUUUCCGUUCGGAGGAUCACGAC